GAACCGUUCGUGAAAGCCUCACGAGCUGUCGCCACCAUCGCAGCCAGCGAACUGCAUCUUAUUAGCAAGGUGUCCCCGCAAGGCAGCUCAGUAACCAGCUCAGUAACCAGCUCUGCCGUCCGUUUAUCUCACGCACAUCUUUUUUUAUACACACUCGUGUUUGACACUUUUAGGGGCUUUAGGGUGCCAUGAAAGGAGUCCGGUUUCUCGUGUUUUCCCUGGUGCUUUCUACGUGUUUGCUGUGCACGGCUGAGGCGGCCAGGAGCAGGACCAGCAACCAGAACAGCUUCCGGCGGGCGGCCAGCGGCGUCUACCAGACUCUGAGCAGCCUGUUCGGGGAGGACAACAUCCGGGGCUUGUACAAGUUUUUUUCCAAAGCAACAGAGCGCUUUGUCCAUGGGGUGGACUGUUUCCUGGACACCAUCUGGAAGGUCUGGUCGGAUCUGCUGGAUGUAAUGGGCAUUGACUCUUCAAACCUCAGCCACUACUUUAGCGUCACGUCUCUUAGCGGCUCACCAGCGCGUGCACUCCUUCUGGUUGCCGCCAUACUGUUGGCCUACUGGUUCCUCUCUAUGUUCCUGGGAGGGUUCUUUUACCUGCUGCACGCGGUCUUCGGACGCUUCUUCUGGCUCGCUCGCGUCACCCUCUUUGCCCUAUCUUGCCUUUACAUCCUGCAGAAGUUUGAGGGCGACCCUGAGCGUGCCGUGCUGCCGCUGUGCUUCAUCAUGGCCGUGUACUUCAUGACGGGGCCCGUGGGAGCGUACUGGCGCCGGGGAGGAGGUGCCGGUUCCCUGGAAGAGAAAAUCGACCACCUGGACACUCAGAUCAGGCUGCUCAACAUCAGGCUGAGCCGUGUCAUAGACGGCCUGGAGCGCAGCGGGGAUCAGUAGACUCGCUGUAAGCUGCAGCAGGGAUCCGUUUGUGGUG